AUGAAAAAUCUGCCGUUUUUCUGUCACUACAUUUGUGGUUUAACAAUAAAAUACCUUCAAGGAGGAAGAAUUGUAAUAGACAUGGAUCUGAAUAUCGUGAUAAAAGCCUUAACGGAUACAAACGAUAAGGACAACAAUGUCCGUAAAGAAGCAGAAAGAGUGUUAAACGAGCUGACAAAUGCUCCUGGAUUUUUCCCUGCUCUUUUGUCAAUUUUGAGCCAAGACGGUCUACCUCACACUCUGAAGCAAAGCGCUUCUAUCGCCCUGAAGAACCGUCUUCGUAAUCGCUACGAUACGGACAGUUCUAAUGCCAUUUCUGCUGAAGACAAGGCUGUUCUCCGCCAGAACAUCAUUCCCGUGCUCUGUUCACAACAAGAUAUAUCAGUGGCACAUUUGAUGGGUCUUGCCGUCCAGGAGAUCACUAGUGCAGACUUUGCUCAGUGGCCCGAGUGCAUUUCCCAGAUCGAGAGCGAGAUGCAGUCCGGAAAUCUUCAACAUUUUUAUAAUGCCAUUUAUGUCAUUCUGGUAAUCGUCUCGGACUGUAUGUUGCGGUGCUUCCAAUACCGUACCACGAAGGAGCCUGUCCAUCAGCUCACCCAGCACUUUUUCCCUGCGAUUCUUCAAUGGAUCCAGACCUCCUUCAAAGCCUCCCCUUCGCAAGAAAACCUGCAGAUUCUGCACCUGGUCGUCAAGAUGUACUACACCUCUCUGGACCUGAGCGAAAUGGACCAGUCUGUGAUCGCGAUCAACGACCUGUCGACCUGGAUUCCUCUGCUUUGCCAAUUGAUUCAGAUGCCGGCGAUCAAUCCGGAGAACAACGAUCCCACGGUGAGCGUGCAGGAGAAGGCGACGUUCCCUGAAUGGCACGUGAAGAAAUGGUGCAUGACAACGAUCCUGCGAGUGAACCACAACUUCUUGAACAUGAAGGAUCAUCAAGAGUACAACGUGUGGAUUCAGAACUUCGCCCCCAGCAUCCUCACCAUGGUGCUGGAACAGCUGAAUGUGUACAAGACUUCGGUGUACUAUUACAACAAAGUGGCGAUCAAGCUGUUCACCUUCUUGAAGGACAUCACGGACAUCGCCGUGCUCUACCGAUCGUUGAAGACCCACAUGCCCUUCAUCAUCAACGAGGUGUUGCCGAAGGCCCUGGCGCUCACCAAGGAGGAGGUGGAGCUGUGGAAGGAGGAUCCGAUCCAGUUCGUGGUGCACGUGCACGACAUGUACUACGAGUUCAGCAACGUGCGCGUGGAAGCGGGCAAUUUCUUGGUGUAUCUCAGCAAGGUGCGAGCGAAUGAUAUUCUGGCUCUGUUCCUCAAUUAUCUGACCGAGUCGUUCAAUGUGUAUGAUAAUACCAAUCCGGAGCAGCGCGAUUUCUUGGCGAAGGAGUGGAUGCUGAUAAUCUUAGAGUGUCGGUGGUAA